AACCCGACCCAACCCGACCCAUUGCCAUCCCUACCCAGCAAUCACCAGUUGAUUCCUUCUUCUUCUUCAAUGAUUGUUGCGACUAUUGCCGAUUCGAAUAGCUUCUUCCUAUUCCUAAGAACGGAUCAGUUUAUCAGGGCUUCUUACCUGUGAUCUCGGGUUCUCCGUUCGUUGCUUCAUCGUUACAUUGACAACGCCAGGAAGCGUUUAUGGAAGGGGCGGUGCCAAUGAGUGAUGUGGCGGCUUUCCAACCGGAGGCCCUCCAGCUCCCGGAGUUGUCACCGUUGGCCUUGAAGGCUAAUCCUUUCCUUGCCGAGCAACUCUUCUCUCAAUGGCUUUCCCUUCCCGAUACUUCUCGAUUGGUUAAAUCUUUGCUUUCUGCUGCGAAGACUGGGGAACCUUUGAAUGCUAUUGGGAAUUCUAGUAGCACCAAUUCUGGCUCGGGCAGUCCAAUACCGUCCAUGUUUCCUUCUGGCUGCGCUCCUCCACUUUCUCCUCGUAGCGUUUCUGGCUCACCCCGUACUGUGAAACAGAGAGCUGGUCCUUCCUCUUUAGGUUCUCCACUGAAAAUCAUCAGCGAGCCAGUGCGAGAAGUCAUACCUCAGUUUUACUUUAAAAAUGGCCGGCUGCCUCCAGAUGAGACGAGAGAGCGAUGCUUGUUUAAUGUUGAUCAACAUUUUAAUGAUCACAUGGAUGGAUUGCAACAAAAUGAGUUUAAAUUGGUUGCAAAGGAUAUCUGCAAGCUCCCGUCUUUUUUCUCAACUAUAUUGUUUACAAGAAUUGAUGUCAACAGUGUCGGCAUUAUCACAAGGGAUCAAUUUAUGGACUAUUGGGUUAAAGGAAACUUCUUGACGAUGGACUUAGCAACUCAGAUCUACACCAUUCUCAAGCAACCGGAUCGUGGAUACCUUAGUCAGUGCAAUUGGACAGCUGAAACGGUCAUAUACAGAAUAUUUCACUAUGUCAAUAGAUCAGGAACUGGUCAUCUCACCCUCAAGGAACUAAAGCGUUCGAACUUGGUGGCUGCAAUGCAUCAAGUGGAUGAGGAAGAAGAUAUUAACAAAGUUUUAAGGUACUUCUCUUAUGAGCACUUCUAUGUGAUAUACUGCAAAUUCUGGGAGCUCGACACAGACCAUGAUUUCUUAAUUGACAAAGAGAACCUUAUUCGAUAUGGAAACCAUGCUCUUACGUAUAGAAUUGUUGAUAGAGUAUUUUCUCAGGUUGCCCGGAAAUUUAGAAGCAAGGUUGAAGGCAAGAUGGGGUAUGAAGAUUUUGUCUACUUCGUACUCUCUGAGGAGGAUAAGUCUUCUGAACCUGGCAUUGAGUUCUGGUUUAAUUGCAUUGAUCUGGAUGGGAAUGGUGUCCUCACUUCCAAUGAAAUGCAGUUCUUCUAUGAAGAACAGUUGCAUCGAAUGGAGUGCAUGGCACAAGAACCAGUCUUGUUUGAAGACAUAUUAUGCCAGAUUAUUGAUAUGAUUGGGCCUGAGACCGAGGGUUUUGUCACAUUGCGUGACAUGAAAAGGACCAAACUUGCCGGGCACGUGUUCAACAUUCUUUUCAAUCUCAAUAAGUUCAUUGCCUUUGAAAGCCGGGAUCCUUUCCUAAUUCGUCAGGCAAGUGAACGAGAGAAUCCAACUUUGACCGAGUGGGAUCGAUUUGCACAUAGAGAGUAUAUAAGGCUUUCAAUGGAAGAUGACGUAGAAGAUGUGUCGAAUGGGAGCGGAGAUGUGUGGGAUGAAUCCCUCGAGGCUCCCUUCUGAAACCCCCCAUAGAAGUGUUUUUUCACGUGAAGUUGAAGAAUCAUGGAGAAGAUUUGGUAUUGUUCACAUCUCUCACAAAUGCUCUUAAUUCUUUUCUAGUGUUUGCCUGCUCUAUUUAAUUCUUCCCCCUUCAUUUUCUCGAACCUUUUCUUUUGUUAAUAUUACAGCUGCAAUAUCUUAAACAUUAUGGCGAAUUGUAAUUAUCUAGCGGUGGUUUGGAAGUUAUGAUUCUUAGAAUGCAUGUAUUUGAAAGUAAGGAACAAAAUUACAAGGAUUAUAAGAAUACAUUGAAAGAUGUGAAUCAUAAAUUGAGGUAAGUGCAGUUCGAUCACUACCCAAAAUAUCAAGUCCCGGCUUGAAGAUCGCUGUUAUCUUCUCCUGGUCGAACUUUGUCCCAUGCAGCGAUGGUUUCAAGCUCUCGUCUUAUCUACCGACUACCGUUGUUGAACUGCGCUACUCUCUCUUCGUUGGGCACAUGGAAGUACCUGAAGAGAUGUAUAGAGAGGACUACGUCUAUGAGUUGUAUCUUUUCCGUUGUUUUUUUUUUUUUUUAUGAAUAUGUUUUCUGUUGUUGUUAUCGAUCGUCUCUUAAGAUUUUUGGAUAAAGCUGCUAGACAGUUUUUAUGACAAUGUUGUCAAAUCUGGUUUUACCUGUUGAUCCAGCGAAGCAUGCAGAUGAAGGUUCGGCCUGUGCCUGUCCAACUAGCAUCGACUCGGUCCCGAUGGGUUUCGAGAUAUAUGAUCCUCGAUUGUAUAUCGAUCCUUGGCUAAGGGAUGCGAAAUAUUUAACCGAGCAAGUAACACAUCGCUCUCGUGCAAUUUGGCACAACAAUCCGUUCUGGGCAUGAGAGCAUCUUCCGAUGUUCGCACCUCGAGAGCCAUUGGAAUUCUAGACGGCAAAUGAGGAGUUACAAGCUGUGGCAAAUGCCCCAUAUGGUACCAAGUUGAGAAAGAGUUAGUAGUCGUGGUUUUCGAGAAGGCAAGGCGAGGUGAGAAGCCACACCAGAGCGGACAAGAUCUCAGGGGAGCGUAAGGAGUUAGAGUUAGAGUUUGUUUAGUUAUUUAUGUUUAUGAUUACGAGUAUAACUGGAGGUUCAAAGGUUGAGUUUUAUUCACUGUGAUUCGAGGUCGCCCAUGUGUUUAGGGCAUUGCAUUUGAUGUUUUUCUUGGAAAUGAUUAAGUUGUAUUUUAAUUUUUUUGGUUCUUUUAAAUCGGCUCCAGAGCCAUGGUUAUUUCGGUUUGGUUAAAAGUAUCGAGACGUUUCAUUGCACAUGAUUGUAGGUGAUAUGGGACCCAUAUCCACAACAAGUACUAGAGCUGCAUCUUCUUAGACACCUGGAGGAUCACAAGACAUGGUUGUAUAAGGUGCCUUUGAUUUGUUGGCACAUCGUGGAGUGGCACCUGCCGGAUCGAGCGCUAAUGCAAUAUAAAUUGGAGCAACCAAUUCAAGCAUCCCCACCCCAAGGUUUCCGGGAGCUCCAUGAAAUCUACCUUCGUGUCACAAAGCAAAGGAUUGGAUCCGCAAACAUGACUUCUACAUCAAAAUUUGGGAGACUAGAGCUUAGUGGGUGAUCCAAGGUAAUCCGGAGACGAGGCCGAUCGGGUACCACGAUGGAUACAUGAGGUGGUAUCGGAAGUUCACACUUAGAUGAGUUUCAAAGCAAGGUGCUGUGAUGGGUUCUUUGGUUGAAGGAUUAGAGCUUGCCAACCACACUGUCGAGAGUGCACCCACCAUGGAUGAACGUAAUACCUCUAUCUUGCGGAGACUUUUCAACGACCUACUAAGUUCUACCCGAGAGCAAAGGAGGGAUGUCAUAUCAUAUACCUCCCAGCCUGCACCAGCGCAUUCGUCAUUCCGUGAUGAUGAGCGCAUUGUGCCCCCUCUUGAGCCACAUCGGAGGAGAAAACGAAGGGCUCAACCAUACAUUGUGAGCUCCAUCUGAGAGAGCCAACUACACGUUAAUGGUUGGUCCGAAUUGAUGCUCGAAUCUUGCUGGAGAGGUGGACGUUGGCAACGCUUCUUGUCAUGUCCAGGUUGUCUGCACUUGGAGCAACGUUUCGGAUCUCGCCUUGGUCAAGCUGAUUGAUCCAUCUCAUUGUUAAUCCUUUCAGUGCUAGUACGACCCUUGGUGCGCUUUAAGUGCAACAGUGGGAUAAUCAACUUCCCAAUGUGUAGAGGCCAAUAGGAAUAGGUUAGAGUGAAUACUAGUUUUUUAGUAACCAUCGUGAC